AUGGAGUUUUUCUUUGAUGCUGAAGACGAGGAAGCCAUGGAAGAAGAUGCAAUUUACUUCGAUGUUGAUAACACUGAGGACACUUUUAUGGCAGAAGACGAGAACAAGAAUGAAGGCUAUUGGGAUGAUCUGGUCCACAAAGACUCCACAGUAACAAGGGCCCAAAGCUUACUCAUGCUGAUCCUAUUUACCCUUAAGCACCACCUUACCAAAGUUGCCACUGCCGAUUUGUUGGAGCUGUUGGAUCUCCACCUGCCAAACCUGUUUCCAAAAUCCACCUACUUUAUAGAGAAAUUUUUCAACGUUUCGGACCACAUGGAAAACAUUGAAAAACAUUACUUCUGUGUGCAGUGUGAAGGAUACAUCGGGAAAGAAUUCGUCCAAGAUUGUGUUUACUGUGGAUUUCGUAACCAACGCAAUUGUGAAAAGAGUGCCAACUUCUUCAUGAUGAUGCCAUUGCGAACACAGCUUGAACAUUUCUUAAAAGUACAUGGCCUACCAGAGAUCAACAGAAGUCCAGAGGGCAUAUUGUCAAACAUUAGAGAUGGAGAGGCCUAUCGAAGAUUGGUGCAGGAUGGAACAAUUGGACAGGAUGAUCUAACAUUACAAUGGAACUGUGAUGGAAUCCCUGUUUUUAAAUCUUCUGGCUACUCCAUCUGGCCAAUACAGCUGAUCAUCAACGAAUGUGUACCAUCAGAUAGGAAGGACAAUAUCAUGCUGGCUGCACUUUGGUUUGGCAAUGGAAAGCCAAGGAUGGACACUUAUUUACAGCCAUUUGUUAACACAUGUGCUCAAUUAAGUGAGGAGGGAAUAACCUGGAUUGACACGAAUGGAAGGCAGCUCUGCACCAAGGUCCACACCAUUCUUUGCAGCAGUGACUCAAUUGCCAGACCACCCAUGAGAAAUGUGAAACAGUUCAAUGGACAGUACGGAUGCGACUGGUGUCUCCAUCCAGGCGAGGUGGUCCACAAAGGUGACGGACACGUGCGUGCCUACCCCCCAGGAGAGUACAGAGAGAGGACACAUGAUUCUUUCGUUCAAGAUGGACUUGAGGCAUGCACCUCAACACGUGUGGUGAAUGGUGUCAAAGGACUGAGUCCACUGUGCCUUCUGACUGUAUUCAACAUGGUAAUAGGAUUUGUGCCAGAUUACCUGCACAGUGUAUGCCAAGGUGUUGUAAAACAGUUUAUGAGCCUUUGGCUAGAUUCGUCCAACCAUGGGAAACCAUUCUACAUCGGACUGCAAAGCAGAAUUCUUGAUCAAAAACUGUUGAAGCUAAAGCCACCCUUUGAGAUUACACGACGUCCCCGUACCCUUUCCACCCGUCGAUUCUGGAAAGCUUCAGAAUGGAGAGCCUUCCUGUUAUUCUAUUCCAUGAUUGUUCUACCAGGAGUUCUACCCCAACAAUAUGUGAAUCACUUUUUUCUUUUAGUUUUUGGUAUUUACACUUUGUUACAAUCAUCUGUGACCUUACGAGAAAUAGAUUUGGCAGAGAGGGCACUCAGAAAAUUUGUUUUUCAAGUACAGACUUUAUAUGGUGUAGAGCACAUGAGUUUUAAUGUACACCAACUUUUACAUGUGGCUCAAAGUGUACGAAAUUGGGGACCCAUUUGGGGCAUUUCUACAUUCCCUUUUGAGGGCAACGGUGGUAAUUUGUUGAAAAUGUUUAAUGGAACUCAGUAUGUUUCAGACCAAAUCUGCAAGUCUUUAAUUAUGUUUCAAGAGGCUAAGAAACUUUCUUUACUGUACCUGGCCAAUGCCCCUGAUGAUCUUGAAAAGAUAGAAAAUGUGUUGAUGUCAGAUGAAGAAACUGGUACUUCAUCUUUUUUUCUUACCAAAGUAAAAGAAACUCAAUCUAGAGUUAUUGUAAAUGCUGAUAAUUUUCAGUCAAAGUGUUUGUAUCUGAUUAAAGGCAAUGAUAGGUUUGUUAUUUGUUUGCCUAACCAUUACGAAUGGGAUUAA